AUGACGGAGAAGCCUACAGUUGGCCGGCACAUAUUUGAGUGCUGCCAGCUGCUCACAUACCACCCCUAUUCCUGUCCCAGGACCUCGCAGUGCCACCGACGACUUCAUUUGCUUCGCUGUUUUCUGAGACUCCGGCUCUACGAGGCCCUGAGGGCGAGGGCUCACCUCUUCGAUGCCAGCGCGGCCCUGCGGAACAAAGCGCACUUCUGCCGCCGGCACAUGCUGGGCAAGUGCCCACACCGUGACUGCUGGUCCACCUGCACCCUUUCCCACGAUAUCCACACCCCCAUCAACAUCCAAGUUCUGAAAAAACAUGGGCUUUUUGGCCUCAACGAAGCCCAGCUUCGGGUCCUGCUUUUACAGAACGACCCCUGCCUUUUGCCUGAGGUUUGUCUGCUGUACAACAAAGGCGGCGACCCCCUCUACGGUUACUGCAACCUCAAAGACAAGUGCAACAAAUUUCACGUCUGCAGAGCCUUUGUCAGGGGGGAGUGCAGACUCCAAACCUGCAAACGGUCCCAUCAGCUCAUUUAUGCCACCUCCCUGAACCUGCUGCAGGACCAAGGGCUGAGCAUCCCAAGUGUCGUGAAUUUUCAGAUCAUUGCUACCUACAAGCACGAGAGUCUGCACGAGAGGCUUGAACGUAAAGAUGACUCAUCUGCUGCCCCUGAGCAUCCACAAAGCCCUGACAAGCAAGGAGCCUGCACAGCCAGCACUGCAGAAGCCCGGCCUCCUGUCCCUGUCGCUGCUCAGUUGUGCACGGGGCCCUGCCCAGGUAACCCCUAAAGGGCACUGAAGCAGUGAGGAGCACUGUCCAUCUGGGAGCAUCUGAAAGCAAGGCUUCUGCUGGGCUCGUUCUCGGCCGUCCAUCCCGGAGUCCGUUGCUGAUGCUCGUGAUGAUACGCACCUCAAAUGUGGAUUGGGAGGGGAGCAUUGAGGAUGGGUGUUUGGGCAUGAGGUUGGAUGCCGAGCAGACAAAGAAGAGGGUAAAAUUUAACUGCAAAGCCUCGAAGUGUAGCUUCGCACAGGGCUGGUUUCCCCAGACCUCUGGUCCCGCCAUCUGCACACACAGUUUCCAUUGUGAUAAUUGUGGGGUGUGUACACUUUGUACACGGGUUUUUACUGAAGUGUUUCAGCUUUCUAUCUUUAUUCACAUUUAUACAAUUACCUUGUUUUUUUGCACAUACACAUUGUUAUAUCCUAGUUUACCUCCCUUAUUCUGGCAUAAUUCAAUUCUAACAAAUUUUAAAUAUAACUUUUUAUAAAAUCUGCACAGUAUUGAAACUGUUCUUUACUUUUGCUUAGCUUAUGGGUGCUAACACCAUCUUCUUAAUAUUGCUUGCAGCUGUGUUCCGUAUGUAUCUGAUUCUACACAGGGCCUUUUAUUAUUGCUAAGUCUCCCAGAGUGCUGAUGCAGGCUGCCCUUUAAUAUCCACAGAAGGGGGGCAACUACACUAUGCCUUGGAAAGCCACACUUUGGAGAUUCAUCCUCAACCAACACCACAGAGGAAAUAGUCUUGGGGUUCUCAGCAGAUUUCUUGUUUUUUUCUUUGUUGCUUUUUUUUGCGGGGGGUUAGACAGGGUCUCAC